AUGCCUUCCGCCGACACACAAGACAACCCAUGGGAGAACACCCAAGCCCCCAAGGCCGGUAGCAGUCUCAUAUCCAAGAUUCAUCGCGAAUCAUACGAAGCCAUCUCACCAUCUCGCCCUGAACUCUCCCAAGCUGGUAACACUGUUCUUGUCGCCGGUGCUUCUACAGGCAUAGGGCUCAGUAUCGCCAAGUCCUUUGCUGCUGCUUCAGCAGACCGCAUCAUUAUUACCGGCCGUCGACAAGAUGCAUUGGAUAUGGCGGCGGCUGGUAUUAGUGGAAAGUAUCCAAAAAUGAAGGUCAUUCCUGUUGUCAAUGACUUUGCGGAUGAGGCCGCUACUCAAAAGCUUUGGGAGAAGCUUGCGCAGGAUGGCAUCUUUGUUGAUGUUCUUGUUUUGAGCGCUGCUAGCAUGUGGUUGCCCAACACUCUCCUUGAUCUUGGCUUUGAGACAUUCAAGGAAGGUCUCAAUAUCAACGUUGCUGCUCCAUAUCUUUGGACUAGUCUGUUUUAUAAGCAGAGGGAGUCAAACCCUUCCCGAAAGCUGGCCCUUCUCAACCUUUCCACGAUCGCCAUACACGACACUCCCAUCUCGAUACCCAUUCCUCUGUACUCGACCACCAAAAGCGCCGUCACGAUGAUGAUGAACCACAUUGGCAUGACCGUUCCAUCCAGCGAAAUGCAGGUCAUCACCUUCGAACCAGGACUGCACUACACCGAGUCUUUUCAGCGGUUCACUGACGAGAACAGCUUCCAAUGGGACGAUAUUCAAUUGCCUGGCGAUUUUGCCGUCUGGGCAGCUUCUGAAGAGGCCGGUUUUCUUCACGGCCGGUUUGUGUGGGCUAAAUGGGACGUUGAUGAGCUGAAAUCGGGACCACUGAGGAAGAGGAUUGAGUCUGACCCUUCUUUGUUCAGGGUUGGUGUUAGUGGAUACUGA